AUGCAAAAAAUAUCACGAACCUCGCUGGCGUCCAUCGUCUGUCCGUCGGCGCCCUUUCUUGCGCCGCGUCUCCUGCGCACGGCUGUUCCUGCUGCCGUGGCUGCAUCGCCAUGUGCGCCCUCCCCACGCCUGCAGAGGGCGGGCUAUGCGAUUGCGACUGCGAUACACGGCAAAGCCAGGGUGCGGAGGGUUUCUGCGGACAAAGAGAAGCGGGUGCCACCGCUUUCCGAAGACGAGGCAAAAAUACUCCGCCUGACCAGCCAAUUCCGGACCGCCUGCGAAGCCCGCAAUGUCCACAUGAUCAUGGACCUCUAUCCCACACUCGUAGCAGCAAACAUGCUCACCAGCUACGAUACUCGGCGCAUUUCACAGGCCCUGCAUGUGCGCACACGCAACGAGCACGACCGCGGCAAGCAAUCCGAACUCUUUCCAUUUGUCCAGCAAGUUGUGGCCGACAUUCGCAAAGGGAGGCUGCCGCCGCACCAUUAUGCCUUCGUACAUCUGUUUGGAAUAUACAAAGACUGCGCGCGCUGGGAUGAGGGCUAUGAGCUCUGGCAAUGGCUGGUUCAGCAAGACGAUCGCUAUGUGUCACAGGCCGCUUACGGCGCCGCCAUUGAGCUCAUGGCAUAUGGGGAAAUCAUGCGACACCCAGAGCUCGAGGCUUUGUAUGCCGAUGGACUGAAGCGCUUCCCUGGCACUUUCGCCGAGUACCACCUGUCGCCGGACGCAAUCAUCCCCGAUAGGUCUCAGUUGACUACCAUUGCUGGAAUUCCCACUAUCCUGCUCCAAGGUAUACUUACCGCACGCAUUCUGGCUCGUGACUGGAAACAUGCAUACCUCGCCUUGGACACUGCGCUCCGCAUCUUCCCCACACAAACCCCUCCGCGCUAUUUUGAGCUGUUCAUGGCUGAGAGGCCCCUUGGGGAGGCAUACACAGCCUUCAUGGUAGCGUGCCGGGCUGGCAUAGUGCUUAGGCCAACCCACGUCACCGCCCUCCUUACAAAGUUGCGUGCUGCUACUGUGACCGCGUCCCAUUCGAUGACCGAUUCGAUGAUGCUUUUGCGAGCCAUGGCAAAUGCCGUGUAUGGCUACUUGGAGGCGGGUGGACAGCUCGAGAGUAUCCAUGUUGCCUCGUUCCUCCGCACCUUUGAGCAGAUAUUGCCCGAACCCCCGGCUGGCGAAGACUAUGGGGGAGAAACUGCAGAGAUGCGUAACAUGCUUGUCAUUGCCGCGCACGAGAUUGUGUCAGGUCUUAUUCAGGCGGGCAUGCCUCCUCAGAUCCAGCCGUUUGUUUCUCUCAUCUCGAUAGCUGGCAAACUGCGGGUGCCAAAUUUACUCACCACUGCUGUGCAAGAUAUCAAGACCGCUGGCCUUGAACUUGGGGAGAUUGGGACAAGAAGCGUCAUCACGUCUGCUGGCCUGCUCAAGGACAAGGAUUUGAUCGAGGAAUACUGGUUGCAAGUCGUCUCGACUGCAGAGAAAAACAGUGGGCUGAUACCUAUGGAAGACUGGGUCACUUUCACCAAGGCAUGCCGAAGAGCUGAUCAUACAGAUUACUUUCGCAGCCAGCUCUUGAAGUUGCCACACGCCAUUACGGAACGGAUUGAACGGAGCAUCCUUCAGCGAAUUGUCCAGCCAGAAGUUCCGUCCCCGAAAAAUGAAGAAUACCAGCUUAUGAGUCUUGAGCAGCUGCAGUCUGACUUGUCGCAGCUCAAGGACCAGAUGAAGAAUAUCGAGGCCGUUGUAAUGUCCGGACAGCCACUUGAUGUCCUCAAAUCCCCAUUCUACAUGCACCUGGACCCCGAGUACCCCUCUCUCGGCACCGAGGAAGACCUUCGCAGCAUAUACGAAGAGUUUACAACCGACCCGCAUCAGCCUCCGCCGCCACCACCGGCAGACGGCAAGCCCAUUCCCGCAGCCCGCAGCCCAACCGGCAUACCGUUAGACGAGCUACGAUUCCGCAACUGGGUCACCAUCCACGAAAUGAUGGAUUCGGCAGAGUCCUACGAAUCCGACUUCCAAUACGCCCUGGACAUGGCCACCAAAUCCGGAACACCACUCAAAGGCUCACCCGAAAUCCUGUAUCUGCGGAAACAAAACCCCAGGCUCCUUCCCGCUCCAGAGUUGGCGAAACGGAUCAAAGCACUAAGAGCAACGGGUUCCCACGACCUCGGUUUCUUCAGAAAAGUGGGCUCCGAUGGUCCCGGUGAGAUUUACAAGCAAACAGCGAAAGCGCGGCUGCGCAAGCACAUUGCCAAGGACGAGGGCGAGUCGGUUGUCCAGAGGGGAAAGAAUGCACCCAGGUUGGUGUAUUAUGUUGGGUUGGAGUCUGAUAGCAAGGUCCUCGGUGAAUCUAAACGCCGCUCUAAAAUUCGCAAGGUACCGAGCUCGGAUCGGGCCGCGGAAGAGGAGGCUGCUUUGCUGUUUGAAGAAAGCAGCAGUAGUCAUGGUGGCGAGGGAGAGCAGACGAAGCCUGCCAGCCCUGCUUCUUCAUAA